AUGCACAAUGCCCGUGUUCAAGAUAAUCUUCAUGAACAAGAAAUAUGUUUACAGGAUUGGGUUUGGGUUAAUGAGAUGAAGGGGCAGGUGAAGUUUAUUGGGGAGACAAAAUUUGCUAAAGGUAUAUGGUACGGCAUUGAAUUAAUUAAACCAUUGGGAAAGAAUGAUGGAAGUGUGAAAGGUAUUCGUUACUUCUUUAUGGAUGAGGCUAAAACUGCUUUAAAUGGUGCUUAUUACGGUCUUUUUUGUAAAAGAGAGGCAUUACAAUUGUACAAUCUAACCUAUAACGCAAACGGUAUGCUAAGGGAUGAUGGAACAUUGCAGGAAACAAUUAAAGAGCUACAAACAGAACGUGAAUUGUUGAUCUCUAAACUGAAAGAAGGUGAAUCGGGGAAAAAAAAGAUGGCCGAAUAUAAAGCUGCCAUUAAGAGGCUAAGCAUGAGUGAAACUGAUUUAUUAUCCAAAAUUCAUGAACUGGACAGAUUAGUCGAAGCUUUGAAAUUUGAAAACAAUGAUAUGAAGAUCCGUUUAGAAAAUUUCAAUAAAAUUCUAGACCCUCCAAAUGAAACGGUAGGACCGAAUGCAGACGAGAGCGCAUUAUGGGAAAGAAACCUUAUUCUUCAGGAAAUGCUUGAACAAACGAAGAUGUCAUAUAACGAAAACAUGAAGGUUCAAGAGGAGUUGCUUGAGGAAAAUACCCAGUUAUUGGAAGAAAAUGCAGUAUUAUCCAAAAAAAUAUCAGAUUUAAGUCCAAAACUGCAACAGUCCAAUAAUAUAAUUAGCGAUCUCACCCUUCAAGUCGAGGCCCAAAGCAAAUCCUCUAAUAUCGUCGAAAGGCUGACGAACGAUAAUGUUUUACUUACAAGUAAUUUGAAAGCUUUAAACGUUCAAUUGGAGGAAUUGCGCACAAGAGAGAAACUUGAUGAAAAUUUAAGAAUCACCUAUGUAGAACUUGAACAAGAAUUGACACUACAACUGAUUAGUAUGCAAUCUGCGUUGGAAAAGAAACAGAAUUUUGCAGAUCAAUGUACUGAAGAAAAUGAAAGAUUGAAUGCUAUGUUGAAGUCGUCAGAAUCACAGGCAACUCAUAAAUUUCAAAGUCUUGAGUUAAAAGUGAAUACUCUACAAGAAGAACUGUAUCAAAAUAAACUGCUUAAAAGUCUUUACAAAAUGUAUGAGCCAUUUACGCAACAAAAUAUGUGGGCUCUUUCUUCUCAGUUACAGUAUUUAGCCGAAGUAAUAGAUGGCGAAAACAUUAGAAGUUCCCCUAUUGAAAAUAUUGAAGCCUAUACGAUUUUGACCGUUUUGAGUCAUAUCAGUUAUGCACUAUACACUCAUUCACUGGAAAAUGCUAUCAAAAAUCUGGGGACAAUAACCCAAAGCUUCAAGGUAAAUAACGUUCAACUCUCUAUGUGGCAGAGUGAGUUUUUACAACGAAAGUUUUCACCCAAACAAGAAAUCAUUUCUUCUAUUAAUUGUUUUUUAAAAGAAAACAAGUUUCUGGAUAAUGACGUGACUUUGAUACUCAAAACACUUCACUCGAUCUUUGAAAUUAUCACUCCGAAGCUGCUGGCAGUUUUAAAAGAUAGUACUAAUUCAAAUGAGGAUGAUGGGCUGUCUCUUAUUAGUUCAUUAUAUGAAGCGUCAUUCUCAGUCACAGCCGAUAUUGACACAUUUCUUGAAAAAAACGAAGCUUCAGGGGGAAACAAAACUUUGCUUCUAAGUCCUGCUUGCGAUCUGACUUUGUCAUCUAUUUUAUCGACAUAUUUUUCGAAUCCGGUUUUCUUAAAUCAGGAUUUUGAACGUUUACGUGCAUGUGCUAUAGAAGAAUUGACGACAUUCUUUUCCCGAAUAGAGGAUCUCCUAGAAAAUAAAAUUGUAUUCACUGAACAUGUCAGCCAAUCAUCAGCUGACGCAGAGGAUACCAAUGAUAGUACGGAGGAAAAAUCUCCAAAUUCCUUAGUAAGUGGCCGUUUGGAUGCAGAGAAUAUUUAUCUCAAAGAGGAAUUGCUUCGAAAGGAAAAUUUGUUAACUGAGCUGAAGACUAAAAUUGAAGUCAUUUCUGGACGGGAUUCGGAAAGGAAAAACCUGGAACGGAUUAUCACUGGAUUACAGAAAGAGUUGAAUGAUAAAAAUGAGGAGAAUCGUUGCCAUUCUGAAAUGCUCAGUGAACUUAAAGAUGAAAAUACCAAUCUACGAAGUUGUUUGAAAAAUAUGGAACUAGACCUUUAUCAAGUAGAGGGCAAUAACAACCUAAAUCGAAUGUGCCUAGAUAGAGAGAAAGUUGAUAGGAUGAACUUGGUUUCUGAGAUCAUGGGAUUAAGAGAAACCAUUAAACGACAACUAAAAGAUACUAAACCCGCAACUAUUGAUCUAAGCUGGUUGGAAGAGUCCCCAAGUCUCAAAAACGAGGGGCGAUCGAAAGGUGAUAUUCAUCGCGGAUUAAAUAUUUACAGGAUUGAAAUGGCAGAUUCUGUUAAUAACUCGCGGGUCUUGGAUUUAAACUUUGGUCAUUCUUUGAAAGGAGAUGAACUAUCAUAUGAAAUUGACUGCUCUUAUAUUGCUUAUUUGAAACACAAGAGGAAAAACAUACGCCUUAAGCUACAGAACAUUGUUACAAAAAAAGAAUGA